AUGUCGUCGCUACUCCCCAUCAUCACAGAGAUCCUGCCCAUGAUACUGCCUUCUACCACUGAGGUGACCCAUGCGGACCAGCUCAAACCCAUGCUGGAUAAUGAAGGACGCUCCAUCCGAGAUUCCGCCAUUGUCGGUAAGUGUGACAAGAUGUGUGCUUCGGUCCUUCGCAUACCCCCCAACUCUUGGUCCCCAAUUCACCACAAUAGCGAGCAAGACGCCAUCAUCAACGUGGUGUCCGGUACCGGGACACUCGUCGUGAAGGAGGGCUUUAAGGGCGAAUUGCGACAUCACGAGCUUCACCCGGGAGACUUUGCAUUCGUCCCGGCUUGGACGGAGCACCAGGCCCGGAAUGAUUCAGACCAGGAUCUUGUUUGGGUCAUCACUCAAAGCGGCCCCCGUCCGGUUGGAGCCAUCUUGACUGAUUGGGGGGGUCAGGAGAUCAAGACUAUUGAGUGA